UUCUAGUGGGGCUAUUAUCCCACGUCCGCCGCCCUCCCGGCCCGGACAGAUGACGAACCUCACAAACAGUUCUGGGGGUAGCCUACAGCGUCUGGCUUAUGGCCCGGCAUUGGCAUUACGAUCGUGUGGGCAUGCCACGGCUGGGUGGCUGGGCAUGGGGCCCCCAGGGCCCUAAUGAUUUAAAAUUAUAUUCACAGGCUAGCUGUACCAUGGAGGUAGAAUCAGGGCCUAAGCCCACAUGUACAUGUACAUCAUAUACAUUGGACAUUGGCCGAGUGGUGUACAUGAUGUGGGCCUUACCAAUCCAGAACGUGGCGAAAUUUGACUUACAAUUUGUCUCUACUGCUCUAGUGUAUACAUGUAGGUUAUGGGUACCCCCAAAAUACUUUGAGAACCCGAAGGAACUAACUCUGUGAUACUCCGUCACGGAGUUAGUCCCCUCGAGUUCUCGAAGUACCCCCAAAACAGCCAUCUGGGUGAGGAAGGAGCAGACGUCAGACCCUACAGUUGUGGAGUCAGCGUUUUAGACCAUGUUGACACAGUCAGCUUACCGAGGCUUGCUGCUAUACCAACGAUGCCUGCUGGAGACUGCACUGCAUCGCAGCAAAGCAACAGCAACCAAAGCAGCACCAACAGCAGUCAAGGCAUUUCACUAUGAGGAUAUCUUGAAGCCAGACACAACACUUGACAUAUCUUACAAAAAGUUGACAGGAGACCACGUGUCAACCCUUGAGGUCCAGGGCAGAAAGAUUCUCAAAGUUGAACAAGAGGCACUGACAACAAUUUCAACACAGGCGAUGAUUGAUGUGGCACACUUGCUCAGGCCUAAACAUUUACAGCAAUUGAGAAGUAUCUUGGAUGACCCUGAAGCCUCCAGCAAUGACAAAUUUGUCGCUCUGGAACUCUUAAAGAAUGCCAACAUAGCUGCUGGUAUGGUGCUGCCUGGCUGUCAGGACACAGGAACUGCUAUUGUAAUAGGGAAGAGGGGACAGAAAGUGUGGACAGAUGAGAGAGAUGAAGAACACUUAUCACGGGGUGUUUACAAUGCAUACACACAGAGGAACCUUCGCUAUUCACAGGUAGCACCUUUAGACAUGUUCAAAGAGGUCAACACAGGCACCAACCUGCCCGCCCAGGUGGAGCUGUAUGCCACACCUGGCAAUCAGUAUAACUUCCUCUUCAUUGCUAAAGGUGGCGGCUCAGCCAAUAAGACUUUCCUGUACCAACAAACCAAGGCCCUCCUCAGCCCAAAGAAGCUAGCAAGCUUUGUUGAUGAGAAGAUCAAAACGAUUGGAACUGCUGCCUGUCCACCCUACCAUCUUGUUUUUGUCAUCGGAGGACUGUCGGCUGAAAUGACUCUGAAAACAGUGAAACUUGCCUCUGCCAAAUACCUAGACAACCUGCCAACAACAGGUAAUGAACAUGGGCGAGCCUUCCGAGACCUUGACAUGGAGGAGCAGGUGUUGGAUCUGUGUCGCAGGACUGGUAUUGGGGCCCAGUUUGGCGGCAAGUACUUCUGCCAUGAUGUCCGGGUCAUUAGGCUUCCCAGACAUGGAGCCUCUUGCCCCGUGGGCAUGGGGGUGUCCUGCUCUGCAGACAGGCAGAUUCUUGGCAAGAUUAGUAAGAAUGGAGUAUUCCUGGAACAGCUGGAGACGGACCCUGGAAAGUAUAUGCCUGAGAUCCAACCAGGGGACCUGGAAGGAGAUGUAGUCAAGGUUGAUCUGAACCAGCCUAUGAGUCACAUCCUACAGACUCUUACAGCCUACCCAAUCAGGACCCGUCUUAGCCUGUCUGGGACAUUGGUCGUAGCUCGAGACAUUGCUCAUGCCAAGCUCCAGGAACGGUUGGACAAUGGGGAAGGUUUACCACAGUACAUCAAGGAUCACCCGCUGUACUAUGCAGGACCUGCUAAGACACCUGAGGGAUAUGCUUCGGGAUCCUUUGGCCCAACUACAGCAGGUAGGAUGGACUCUUACAUAGAGUCCUUCCAGGCUGCUGGUGGUUCCCUGGUCAUGCUAGCUAAGGGCAACAGGAGUCAGCAGGUAACCAAGGCAUGCAAGAAACAUGGUGGCUUCUACCUGGGCUCCAUUGGUGGUCCAGCAGCUAUCCUUGCCCAGAACUGCAUCAAGAAGGUGGAGGUGUUAGAAUACCCAGAGCUCGGCAUGGAGGCCAUUUGGCGUGUGGAGGUAGAGGGCUUCCCAGCAUUCAUUGUGGUAGAUGACAAGGGUAAUGAUUUCUUCAAGGAGUGGCAGGUGGAAUGAAACACAUCAAACCAACCCCUCCCCCCAAAAUAUAGCUGACCUCACAAAGGUAAUUGUGUGUCUGUUAAAAUGAGGAACAAGUGAAUCUGUGGCAGUUGAAGUCAAUCUCCCUUAGCAAUUUGGCAGUUUCACAAUCACUUGUGGCUGUUAUUAUUCCACAACCAAUUUGUACAAGGCAAAGUAUAAGUUUCAGGCAAAUAAUGAAGGGUCUUCCAAGUGGCUUUUGUUAGUUGACGUGUUUUAUUUAUAAGCAUAUAUCAUUAAAACUUAUUUGUUGCAAAAUUACUUCAUCUGUCAGAAAACAGAACAGGGAUUUGGAUUUUUCCAUAUCAUACCUGCCCUUUUGUUGGUGUGUCUAUCAUACGCAAUGCAGUACAAAGCUCUAUCAAACAGUGAUUGUCAACCUGCCACCAGUUCCUAGAAUGAAUUUAAUUCAGUGGGAUGAGAUUGACAGUAGAACGAUCUCAACAUUAAUUACCAAGUCAGUUUUUUUUUUAAUUAUUAUCCCAAUCACAAUUAACAAAGCAGCAGCCAGUUGAAAUGUGAUUUUGACCAAGUGUAAUGCUUUGUCCUCUAGAGGUGUGACAUCAGGGCUGUAGUUAGCCAAUAAAUUUAUGAUGUCAGACUUUGUGAACAUGCACCUAUUGCUAUGGAAGCCAGGUCGGAAUGCUGGAUUUGAAUCUUCAAAAAGAAAAUACUCAUGUAAACAAAAAAUUGACCUGCUUUUGGAAGAGACAAUAUAUCCAUAAUAUUAGUUAAUCAUAAAAAGCAAAUUGAAAACAUAUGACAAGGUGAAUUAGCAUAAAUAACUUCAUUAAACAACUGAAGAUUAACAGAUUCCUCCAAAAAUGUAUUUUCUUUAAUUAUUGAGUUCAUUUGAUCAGUACAUCAUCCAUGUAGACUUUCAUUCCAACCUCAUCCAGCAUUGUAGGUUAUAAACACUCAAGAUAAUAUCCUGAAAAAUCUGGGGGGUUUUACUUUACUUGUUCGCUUAAUUUAUAGACAAAAACUUAGACUGCAGAAUCUUUUUUAAUUCAUAAUAAAACAUAAAUGCUGUCUACCUACUGAUACAUGUACAUGUAAGAUAUUCAAAGUGAUUGAACUUAAAAUCCUACAAAACAUGAUUGCAUAAUUAAUACUAACUGUAGUUCUGAGGUUGAGUGUGAAAUAAUAUUGCAACCAGAGGAUUCAGCCUUACUGGUGUUAAUAUUGUAAAAUGGCAAAUCUCAUUUACCAAAGAAAAGCAAUAGGUUUCGAUCCCAUUGAAAAAACUCCCCUUUGUAGGCCUUUAUACCUUAAGCUGCUGGUAGCAAUGCAAAAUACGAAAUUCACUAUUUUCAAAAUAUGUGCUCUUUCAGAUUUAUAACAGUGACCAUUAAAAAUGCAAACACUGCCAGCUCCUAAGGUGAAACCUCAAUUUCAUGUGUCGUGAGUGCUUCCACAAAACAUUUGUGGUACCUCAUUUUUGUUUUUUUCUAAAUGGUGUACCUUUUUCAAACAGGGUACUUUUCAUUCUUACAGUCUUGCCUAUUGAUUAGGAAUCUGUUUAAUUCCAUUUCCAUUCUGAUUUCUGUAUUAAAAGAGUUUCUUGAAGCAG